GUUAAUGGGAUGAGAUUUCACAAAUGAUGGACAAAUCUACGGAAAACUCAGACGAGGACAGAGCGUCCCUGAGGAGCAAUGGGAAGACAUCGACCAACAGUGCCGUGAAGGAGACCAAGGGCAUGCUUAAGACAUUGAGAAAGAGCUUCCGGCAAGCAACUGAGAAAAGCCCACUAUCGUCCGGAGGCAAGGCGACAAAGGUCACACCUAAAGCAGACACGACUGGCAAUGAGUUGUGGUCAGAAGCGCCUCCGUCACCCAGCCUGAGUGCUGGCUCUCCUGUGACCUCUCCUCUGAAGAACAUCGGGGACUUAUCCCAGAAAAAAGAGGAAGACAAUGCCAACAUCGGUCCACAGAAAACGAAAGGUCUGACACGUUCAAAGACAGAUCCCAAUAUGAGCAGGUUCAGUGAGUCUCUCAAAAGAGGAUCAUCCAUUCGUCGAAGCCUGAGAUUUGGCAGUAAGAAGGACAAGGAGAAAACCUGCAGACAGGAGCCACUCUUCCCUGUCUCUGAAGACUCAGUGGAGGAGAAGAAGGAUCAAAAAGUGCAGGAGGAUGCGGUGUGGGAGGAACUUGAGGAGUCAGGCCUGAGUACUGGCUCUCCUGUGACCUCUCCUCUGAAGAACAUCAAAGGCUUUUUCCAGAAAAAAGAGGAAGACGACGCCAACAUCGCUCCGCAGAAAAGAAAAGAUCCCAAUAUGGGCAGGUCUGGUGACUCUUUUAAAAGAGGAUCAUCCAAUCGUCUGAGUCAGAUUUUCAACAAUAAGAAGGAUAAAACCUGCGGACAGGAGCCACUCUUCCCUGUCUCUGAAGGCUCAGUGGAGAAGGAUGAAAAAGUGCUGGAGGAUGUGGCGUGGGAGGAGCUUGAGGAGUCAUAUACACUGCCAGAAAUGCCCCACACACCGCUGUCAGUGAUGCAGAUCAAUAAGCUGAUAGAGAUGGAGGUGCUGGAGGAGGCUCACCUGAACCUGCUCUCCCUGCGGCAGGAGUUCCAGCAGGAACGGGAGCGGUGUGGCGAAGACUCGCCCAUGGAGCUGGCCAAGAAGGAGAAAGACCUUAGCCUCCUCUAUGGAGAGCUGAGGAACAAGGUCAACACCAUAGUGCGCGAAUCCAACUCUCUUCCCGCCAGAAACAAGGAGCUGCUGGUACCUGUGGCCCGCAUCAUCCAAGAGGAGGAGAGGAGAGCUGAGGAACCCGGCGGGCUUGCGGGCAGCUGGAUGGAGGCCUGGAGGGAGGCGGUGGGCGAGGGGGUGCAGGCGAAGGUGAAGAGCAUUCACCUGGACCAGAGGGAGCAGAACACCUCCUGGUUGGCAGUUCAUCUGGGUCUGCUAGGUAAAGCCAUCUUGGAGGACUUGGAGAACGUGAAGAGGGAACUGCGAGGGUCGUACCCACCCAGCUUUAAAGUCUUCAGCACCUACGUGAAGAGUUACCACAGAGUCGUUGGGCAGCACGUGAAGCAGCUGGAGAAGCAGGUGACGGAGCUAAAGGAUCUGUACGCUCUGCUGGACUGGAUCAUCAACCGCUACAAGAGCGAGAGGAUCAUGGGAAGUCCCUCCCUGCAGUCGGACAUGAAGGAUGAGAGGGAUGAUCUGCAGCUGGAGGGUGACUUCCUGAAGCAGCUGAAAGGAAAGUACUGCUGCAAAGUGAAGGAGGAAUUGAGAUCUUCCCUUGACAGAGUUAUUGAACUUGAAAAUAAGGAACUUUGGAAGGAUAGCAGGACUCCAAAGAAGGAGGAGGACUUCCUCAACUCUGAGAUUCACAUGGACAUCUGGACGAAAGUGAAGGGAACUGUUUUGAUCUCUGGGCAUAUUGAUGCUCAGCUGGAACAGAAAGUGAUCUCUUCCUGCCUCGAAGAGCUGAAACAGUUCCCCAAAAGGUUUGAGCAGGAGUACAAGCGUCUCAGACCACAGAGUCUUUGGACUGAGUAUCACAUAACCUACAUCAACAGCUUCACUGCUUUACAGCAGCACAUGGAUGGGUACCAGGAAGCCUGUCCUGGUGAGGUGGAAGGGUUCAGAAAAGAGGUCAAGUGGCUGAUUGUCAGGCUCACACAGGAUCUGGAGGACCAGUUCAAAGAGGAGGUCAAGCCUUAUCUGAGGAGAAUGAUGACGAGGAAGUGGCUCACCAACGACGAAGACUUUAAACAGCUUCAGCGUCGGACAGAGCUGCUUUUUCAGCACUGCGCUCUCAUGAGACCUCCACAUGUCCAGGAGUUUGCGAGCCGAUUGCACUACCAUGUGGUGAAGGAAUACAUCGGCCAGCUAAUGAAGAAUAACUACUCAUGCAAGAACCAAAAACACGAGAAGGCAGCGAGAAAGAUCCGUGAACAGUGGGAUAAACUCAGAGUCCUGUUUGAGGAUAUGUCAACUCAAGACUGGCUCCACUAUGUAGGAGACGACCUGUGCAACAUCAUCUCGACGAAUAAGACAGAGAUAAAGAUCCACCUGCAGCCUUUAGUGGACCAUUACCCAGACUUCAGCAAAAAACACCUAGAAGCCAUUCUGUAUUUCAGAGGCCUGCGGAGUGGCCGCGAACACCAGCUGAUCCUGCAGCGACUCACGGAGCUGAAGAAGAAGCUGGGCGGCAACGCGGGGGACAAGAGCCGAGUUUUAUUUGGUGACAUGCAGGUCACCGUCAACACAGACUGUCUGUCCAAUCUGGCUUUCUCCUGCUUCAGCUUCCUGCACCCCAACAACUAGUGUGACACGGUGGAUGAGUCGCUCAGUGGAGGGCAAAUAAAAGCUGGAGAGGUAGAGUUUUCUGACAGAAUAAGUUUAACAAUUGCAGUUUUUCUAAGGUGGUUUGGCACUAAUGAAGGUCCUUGCUCUCAAACACAGGUAACAGACACACAUACCUACACAUAAAAAAUACCAUCUUAUCUUAUUUAUAAUUAAUAUAAAUAAAUAUAAAUAAUUCAAAAAAGAAACUAACAACAUUUCCUCUGUUUUACACAAAUUACAAUUAAUCAUGUGACUGUGUGAACUUAUUUAUUUCCUUCUAACAACAAAAAUUUGUUCAGCAUGUUCAUUAGUGUCUCUGGCAAAUGUAGAAACUCUGCAUGUGUUAUCACUUACAUAGCAUAUUAAAUGUGACGCAUGUAGUGUGUGACAAAUAUUAAACCGCUUCCAGCAUUGUGAGAUAUUUCAGUUUUCUUGGGAAGAAAAGCAAUUCACCAACCAAUCUGGGUUAAAUUCAGCGUUUGGGGAGGGAAAAAAAGAUUGUGAAACUUUGGAAGAAUGUGAAGCUCUCAGCAGAUGUAAAAAAAAUAAAAGGCAGGAUUCAGUGUCAGUGAGUUUGAUGUGAGGAGGAUUUCUCAUUUAUCAACACCAAGUUGCAGUGGGAUUAUAUUAUUGGUUGGAUCUCAGUUGGAGUUAAAUGACCUAAUAAAAACUGCCAGAACCUGAAGCUCUUUGCGUGCCUCAGCCAUGAAUGUGUCAUGCUGAUGAACAAGGAACUGAACCUAGCAGAAGGGGAAGUGAUCAUGCAUUAGCCCCCAGAAACAGGCGUCUGACUUAAAUUUGAGGGGUUUUUUGUGUGAAAUAUGUGUUUCUAUUGUCUUUCUCUCAAAUAUCUGAUUUCAGGAAAUGCUGCAAAACCUAGCUUGAUGUGAUUGUCUCUGCGCAUUUUAUGGACUCAUUUAAUUGGGAUGUUUUUUCUGUGUUUGUAAAUUGUUUAUGUAUGAUUGUUAAAAACAAAGAGAUGUGUUGAGUUUAGAACCUCAGGAUGGUUAAAAUCAGGGUGUUCAACUAUAGCUGACCUGUGACGCCUGUUUUAGGUACCAAAGUUCUCAUGAAAACUGACAAUUGUGUGAAUUGUUCUUUGAGCAUGAAAUACUUUCAAAUGUGUGAAGGGAGCCCAAAGGGGUUUUAUAUAAAUAUAUAUAGAAAUGUCAAACCUAUUUAAUCUUUUUUUUAAUAAAACAUACAGAAACAAA